GGCUCAAUACAUGGCUGUUUUUGGCCUUGGGAGCUUUACGGUGGCUGUGAUCCCGUUUUCUGAACAACGUCGCGCCUAGUGGCUGAACGAUUUGGAUCACGGACAAGUGAGGCAUGUCAACAUCAAUGUGUCGGCGAAUGCAAGUCUUCCAAGUGCUGUGCCUCCUGUCCAUCAACCAUUCUGAUGCCGUGUCGCACGUAUCAGGAACUGAUAGCAAUGCAGUGGAGGAGGUGCAUGACGGCGCUGGGCGCAAAGGGACUUCAUCAGCUUGGUCGAGCAGUGCAAGGAUCGCAGCGAAAGCGGGAGAUGUGGACUGUCAGUGGGACGAUUGGGUUGACUGGAGUGUUUGUCAGUUCUCGUGCGGUGGAGGACAAUCAGUUAGGACGAGAAAGGUCAAGAUCAUGGCGCAGGGAAAUGGUGUUGCUUGCGACAACAAUGACAAGGAAACACGUGUGUGCAACAAGAACCCGUGUCCACUUGACUGUGUUUGGGAUGAGUGGUCGUCCUGGGGUGCUUGCUCCGUGAGCUGCGGAUCCGGGGUGAAGGUGAAGACGCGUGAAAAGAAACAAUAUCAGCAAUUUGGAGG